UCUGGAAAACACAACUUUCCCUCUUUUCCUGGAGGGACAGGCCUCAGUGUGGCUGAGAGAGGAAUCUUAACAGCGGGUCAGAGAGUGGCUACAGUCACUGUGGCCUCUUUGGACCCGGACGCUCUGGUGGCACCGCUGUCCUGCCUGCUAGCUUUCCUUGGCGUGUGGGGGCGGGGGGGGGGACACUGUGGACACCCACAGCCUCUGACCCUCUGGUAUGUGACGAGCAGCGCCUGCGGGGCCAUGUAUUGGAAGAGCGAUCAGAUGUUUGUGUGUAAACUGGAGGGAAAGGACGUGCCGGAGCUGGCGGUUCCCCGCGAGAAGUGCCCCGGGCUCAUGUCGGAGGAGUGCGGGCGGCCUGCAGCCCUGGCGGCCGGGAGGACCCGCAAAGGCGCUGGGGACGAAGGACUGGUGAAUCCCGAGGGAGCCGGGGACGAGGACUCCUGCUCCUCCUCGGCCCCGCUUUCCCCGUCGUCCUCGCCCCAGUCCAUGGCCUCGGGCUCCGUGUGCCCGCCAGGCAAGUGUGUGUGCAGCAGCUGCGGCCUGGAGAUUGUGGACAAAUACCUCCUCAAGGUGAAUGACUUAUGCUGGCAUGUCCGCUGUCUCUCCUGCAGUGUCUGCAGAACAUCCCUGGGAAGGCACACGAGCUGUUACAUUAAGGAUAAAGACAUUUUCUGUAAACUCGAUUACUUCAGACGGUAUGGGACACGCUGCUCCCGCUGUGGCAGGCACAUCCACUCUACUGACUGGGUCCGAAGGGCCAAGGGCAACGUGUAUCAUUUGGCCUGCUUUGCCUGCUUUUCUUGCAAGAGGCAACUGUCCACAGGAGAGGAGUUCGCCUUGGUGGAGGAGAAGGUCCUCUGUAGAGUGCACUUUGACUGCAUGCUGGACAAUCUAAAGAGAGAAGUGGAGAACGGUAAUGGGAUUAGUGUGGAAGGAGCCCUUCUCACAGAACAAGACGUCAAUCAUCCAAAGCCAGCCAAAAGAGCUCGGACCAGCUUCACAGCCGAUCAGCUCCAGGUUAUGCAGGCACAGUUCGCUCAGGACAACAACCCAGACGCACAGACCCUCCAGAAGCUGGCAGAGAGGACAGGCUUAAGCAGACGCGUCAUACAGGUGUGGUUUCAGAACUGCAGGGCCCGCCAUAAGAAACACGUCAGUCCCAACCACUCCUCCUCCGCCCCAGUCACGGCUGUCCCCUCCUCCAGGCUGUCUCCACCCAUGUUGGAAGAAAUGGCUUAUUCUGCCUACGUGCCCCAGGAUGGGACGAUGCUGACAGCGCUGCACUCAUACAUGGAUGCUCACCAACAACUCCUGGACUCCAGCCCUUGCUACCCUAUACAAUGACCCAACUGCCAAUAAGUCAUACCUAAUUCCUUCUUUCAGGGAUAGAAAUGAUUGAGGAUAUAAACUUGUCAUUUAUUAUGUAUAAAAUACCAUUGAAAAGAUAUUAAUGUUAAUUUUUUAUUUAACACUCAAAGCAUUUCAAACACCUUCUCGCUGCCCAGGUAUGUAUCUAGAGUUGGCCUGCAAGACACUUUUAUUGAUUCUUCAUUUUGUUUUUUUUUGUAAAACGUAUGUUUACAAAGAAGAAAACAAGUCAAAACAUUUUUUUUUUGUAUUGUCUGGAAAUAGUUGGCUCGAGUGUGUGUCUAUUAACUUAUUUGUCACCAAAAGAGCACUUUGCCUGAAAGGCAGGACUGAUCAUGUGCAAAACGUUUACAAUCCUUUGUGAGACUGUAGUUUAUCAUUAGUUUGUACCUGUAAGUUAUUGUUAUAAAUAUUAUCUGUAUUUUUUUGUCAUAUACAACUUUAUACCUUGAAGCUUGUAUCUGUGAAUUUGCAACUGAAGUUUAUUUUGCCAGUGUUUUCGGGACGAGCUGAAGGCACGUCCAUUGUAGCAUGCUGCGCACACCCACAGCGGUGUCUGCAUUUGGGGGAGUUCUAGCUGUAAAUAACACUCUAGUUUACGAAGCCCGCCAUCCUAAGUUCAUUAAACACUUUGCAUCCUUGUGAAA